AUGUCUUUUUUUGUCCAGCCAUUUAACGAUCAAUUCACUUCUCUAGCACCUAUUCUGGCUCGUUUGGCGGAUAUACUUCCCCUAGUAACUCAUCACGCCAGUCCGCAUGCAGAACUGGCUUCUCAGUUGCGCAUUAGUAUUUUAACUCGCGGUGCUGUCUCAGAUAUGUCAGCACCUACAUGCACCAGUGUAGAUAGGUUGUCUGCAUCUUACACACCCUCUGAACACAUACUUACCACUAGAGAGGAAUCACCAAGAAGUCUCAUCGAAGAGUUAUCUACUAUUCACACCUCGGUUACUUCUGAUGCUAUAACGCGAAAUACCAACAAUGAUACAUCAGAUACUUGCUGCUCAGAUUCUACUUCCCUUCCUAUAAAAUUGGCUCAUUUGGUAGCCCAAUUAGCGGACCCGUUGAUUCCAAUCAUCGGACACGCUCUAAUCGAGAUGGCGCGUCUCAUCGAAGCCAAGGAUGAAGUUCUGUUUGGACACGAAGAACUCUUGUUUUCUGUAGGUAUUUAUGUAUUUUGUUCAGCAUAA